GUGCCAGAACGGAAGCGGCGGUUGAUGUCAGUAGUGGUUGCAGCGGCAGCGGCUCGUUCGUCGAUGCUGCCUCCGCUGAUACGGCGGAGGCGACGGCCCGAGGUGAUGCGCCCGCUAUGCCCUCUGACGGUGCCGGCAGCAGCCGCAGCAGCUACAGCGGCCGCAGCGCUGCCGGGUUUCCAACUAAAGGCAGUAGCGGCGAAGAAUCCCUUGCUCAUAGCGCGGAAUCUGUACGGGACGUCCGUGUCGCGGGCAGCAGCCAGCCCGCUGUUGCUGCCGACGGACUGGGUGAUGAGGACGUCAACGAGCAGCUGUUGCGCCGUAUCGCGGAGUGUCGUACAUUGCGUGAUGUCGAGAUGCUGCUGUACGAACUUGGAUCUUGGUUCCGAAGCGAGCAUGCAGCGGAGCUGCUUAUACGGCUGCCGGAGCUGGAUCUUGGGGGUAGCAACUCGGGGCCACGUACCCGGCAGCUGAUCAGGUUCCUGACCCACGGGUCGCUUCACAACGUGGAGGAGGUCGGCGGCCCCGCCCUCGCCCGCUGCGUCGCCGCCUACGCCCGUCUGCACUACGCGCCUCCAGAAGCCGUACCGCAGAUCUGUACGGCACUCUUGUCUUACUACAGCCGCAAGCUUCGCUCCUGUCAAGGCCCGGAACUUGCGGAUCUGGCCUGGGGCCUGGCGUCCUUGCAGCUGCUGUACGGCGACAUGCACCAAGCCAUCAAGCGCCCCGCAUACACUGCCCGCCUGGCGCCUGGGGCACGCAUCGUGGGUUACGUCCGUGCGCAGUCGGACAGUGACAGGGCUGCUGCUACUGCCACCAUUGCCAUUGCUGCUGACGGCUCAACGGGUACGGCGCCAGCAGCAGCUCUGGAGGGAGGUGGCGGCAGCAGCGGAGGUGCCGACCAGGCGAUGGUUGGUGGCGCUGAGGUGGAAGCUUCCGCUGCUGCAGCCACCGCUGCCAUCACCGGUGACAGCCCCGCCACGGGUGCAGCCGCCAGCGCUACGAAACGGAAGCGGCGCAAGGCCCAGCGGGACGCCUUAGCUGACAGUGAGGCGGCGGAGUCGGCUGUCCUGGUCGGUGCUGAGGGCGGCGGUGGCGGCGGCGGUAAAGCCGUUGCGGCUGCGGGCGGGCGUAAGGCCCAGCAGCAGCAGGACCAGAUCUGGAUGGUGCCGGUGGCGAUGGAGC